AUGAAGUGGGGCUGGGUGUUUUUGGGGGUCUUCCUAUCUCUGGGGACCCUGUCCUGGGGGGAGACAGGCUUGGAGAUCCCUGAGUACGAUGGCAAAGACCGCGUCCAUGACCUCACCGCCAAGAACUUCAAGUCCGUCAUGAAGAAGUACGACAUGAUGGUGAUCUACUACCACAAACAUGUGGAAGGGAACCGUCAUGCCAUGAAGCAGUUUCAGAUAGAGGAGCUGGCUUUGGAGCUCGCAGCCCAAGUGCUGGAUGAUCUUGAUGAUGAGGACAUUGGAUUUGGCCUGGUGGAUGAAAAGAAGGACGCCGCUGUUGCCAGGAAGCUUGGUCUGGAUGAGGUGGAGAGCAUCUACAUCUUUGCUGAUGAUGAGAUCAUUGAGUACGAUGGAGAGCUGGCCGCAGACACCCUGGUUGAGUUCCUGUAUGAUGUUAUUGAAGAUCCAGUGGAGAUCAUCGAUAACGAGCGUGAGCUGAAGGGUUUCUACAACAUGGAUGAGGUCAUGAAGCUGGUCGGCUAUUUCAAGAGCGAGAAAUCUCUCCACUACAUUGAGUAUGAUGACGCAGCAGAGGAGUUCCACCCCUUCGUCAAGUUCUUCGCCACAUUCGACCCCAAGAUCGCCAAGAAGCUGAAGCUGAAGAUGAAUGAAGUUGAUUUCUACGAGCCUUUCAUGGAGGAACCCGACACCAUUCCAGGAAAGCCCUACAUCGAGUCUGAGCUUGUUGAAUACAUCGAGCAGCACGACAGGCCCACCCUGAGGAAGCUUGAGCCUCACAGCAUGUACGAGAUCUGGGAGGAUGACAUUGAUGGAGAGCACAUUGUUGCCUUUGCUGAGGAGGAUGACCCUGACGGUUUUGAAUUCCUGGAAAUCCUGAAGGAGGUGGCGCGCGAGAACACUGACAACCCCAACCUCAGCAUCAUCUGGAUCGACCCCGACAGUUUCCCUCUGCUGGUGCCAUACUGGGAGAAGACCUUCCAUAUUGACCUUGGUUCUCCUCAGAUUGGUGUGGUUGAUGUUGAAGACGCCGACAGCGUGUGGUUGGACAUGGACGAUGACGAUGACAUGCCCAGCGCCGACGAGCUCGAGCAGUGGAUCGAUGAUGUUCUCUCAGGGAAGAUCGACCCUGAUGAUGACGAUGAGGAUGAUGAUGACGAUGAUGACGACGACGACGAUGAUGAGGAUGAUGACGAUGAUGAUGACGACGAUGAUGGCGAUGAUGAGGAUGAUGAUGAUGACGACGAUGAUGACGAUGAUGAUGACGAUGAUGAUGAUGACGACGACGAUGAUGAUGAUGAUGAUGACGACGAAUAAAUGCUAACUAACAUCUUUAACAGUAUUUAAGCCAGUAGUGGCAAAACCCAAAAGAAGCACCAUUUUUUUUUUUACAUCUUACAGCAAACACACUCUGUGUCUGUUUGCUUCCUGGACGGUUUCCUGCAAGGGACAAAAAUAAUGAACCAAUGGGAACCUUUUACUCUCAGUCAGGGGGAACAUAUUUAAAGAAGCAGAGUAACUAUUUUGAUGAACAGGGUUGCAGGGUUCCUCUCUUACUUUCACAAAAUAUGCAAACUUCUCAUCUUUUAGUUUCACAAUGAAUGUACGCCAUGAUGCUAACUUCUCUGAUUUUUUUUCUACAUAGUGUCACAGACCGGGGUCACCCCAUUCACAGUUCCUCAAAUUAACUGUAAUCCUGUUUCAGUGUCAUGUUUUCUACUUGAUGAAGAGAAGAAACAAUCACUUUGUUGUACUAUUUUAAAGGAAAAUGAACCUUAAUUCACUAGACAGUCUUAAGAUCAUUACAAUCUUGGAAAACUUAAGUAUCAGAUGAUAAAGAAAAAUGUCAACAUAAGUUGUUUCUG